AUCAGUGGCAGCAAGAAGCAUGAACGGAACAAUAUUCGCAGCAGUGUUUAUAGUUGCAGUGUCUUUAUGGACCGGAGGAGCUUUGGCACAAUCGAGUUCGAGUUGUACCAAUGUGCUCAUUAGCAUGUCCCCAUGCUUGAGUUACAUACAAGGAAACUCUUCGACUCCAUCUUCUUCAUGCUGCUCUCAGCUUGCAAGCGUUGUGAGCUCGCAGCCUCUGUGCCUCUGUGAGGUUCUUAACGGCGGUGCCUCAUCGUUGGGGAUGGAUGUUAACCAGACGCAGGCAAUGGCUCUCCCAACGGCUUGUAAUGUUAAAACUCCACCUGCUAGCCAAUGCAAUGCUUCUUCUCCCUCUGGGUCUCCUUCAGGAACAAAUCCUCCUUCAGGCGGUGGUUCUAAGACGGUUCCCACGACGGACGACGGCACAUCAGGUGGGCACUCUGCCAAAUUGUCGUUUUCAGUGCUCUUUUUAUCGCUUUUCAUCGCGUCGUCGAGGGCUUUCAGCUUUGUUUCCAUCUAAGCAGCUCUUACCAUAUUCUGUGCUUUCUCUCUGUUGAUUUUCAUUUUCAAUGUGAUGUAAAAUUAUU